AUGCAUUCUGGUUUUUACAAAAGUAGUUGUUGGUCAACUAUAGGACCUGGUGAUCCUAGUUACAAACCUUCAAAAAGAAGAAAAGGAUUGAUGGUGUUUGCAUGUGAUGCUUUUGAUCUUCCCAUUCGGAAGGAAAUUAUCCACCGUGUUGUAAGAUGGCAGCUUGCAAAAAGACAACAGGUUAUAUCUAAAGAUGAAUCUGUCAAAACCUCUAAAGCUGCUAUUGAUAAUGAAGAUGUUAUAGACUAUGCACUGAAGAAGAGGGAUGUGAAACUUGUGCCAUGUGGACUAGAUUUUGGACGCCCAAGGUUUGUUCGAUUUAGAGAACGUAGAUUUCAUCGAUCUUUGGAAAAGACAAGACGUUUCUACCCUCAUGUCCAUAACAUGGAUGGUUUUUUUUGUUGCAAAGGUAACAAUCUUGUUGAAAGGACUUCUGAAUCAGAUGUUAAUGGUAACAAGUUUAACACUCGAGUCCAUACGAUUAGAUGUUAA